AAGCUUUAGACAUUUGCCGCCAUGGCGUUGUGCGGCUCGUUCUCCGGAUGCCACAAAUGUGCAGCUCGCAUUGGCGCAUCGGUCCUGGACUGCGACACGGCCAGCCUCGCCGCAGAGGCGCAGCGGGCCUUGCGCGCUGGAGUUGACUACUUGCACUUGGAUGUGAUGGAUGGCCACUUUGUGCCUGCCAUCUCCUUUGGCCCUGCGGUCAUCGCAAAGCUUCGGAGUCACCUGCCCAAGGUGUUCUUCGAUUGCCACAUGAUGAUCAACAAGCCCGACGAGCACGUGGAGGCCAUUGCGGCGGCCAUGGCCAAACAUCCGGACACCGGGGAGGUCUUGACGCAGUAUACUUUCCACAUCGAAACCACCGAGCCGCGAGGGAAGACCCAAGAGGUCAUCGACAACGCGCGCAAGCACGGCAUGCGUGUGGGCCUGGCUUUGAGCCCGGGCACGCCACUGGAGCAAGUGCUGCCGUAUUUGGACCAGGUUGACAUGACGCUGGUGAUGACGGUGGUUCCUGGCAAAGGCGGUCAGUCUUUCAUGGUGGACCAGAUGGAGAAGGUGCGAGCGGUGCGGGCCAAGUAUCCGGACAAGGACAUUGAAGUGGACGGCGGUGUCAAAGUGCACACCGUGGAUGAGGCUGCCAAGGCCGGCGCCAACAUGAUUGUCUCCGGCACUGGCGUGUACAAGGUGGAGGACAUGGCCCUUGCCGUUUCCACCAUGAAGAGGAGCGUGGAGCUCUACGGCAACGGCAUCCCCGAAGAUCAGUUGUCACCUCUGCUCAGAGACAAGGAUCUCCCGCCCUAAGCGAACUCUUGCGUAAUG